UUUACUGUUUACGUGACGUGGUGGCGACGGCGGCGGCAGUGGUAGAUGACAGGAACAGCCGGUCGUCUUUGAAUCCAAGCCAAGCUAGAAAUUGUCUUCGAUCAUCAUCGAUUUUCGUGCGUCCAAUUUUCAUCAUGUUACAAUCUAUAUUCGACGAUGUACGGCGUAUGAACAAGCGCCAGUUUCUGUAUCAAGUGCUGAGCUUUGGCAUGAUAGUUUCAUCAGCGCUGAUGAUAUGGAAAGGCCUGAUGGUUGUCACUGGUAGCGAGAGUCCUAUCGUGGUCGUAUUGAGUGGUAGUAUGGAGCCUGCGUUUCACAGAGGGGACUUGCUAUUCCUCACCAAUUAUCAGGACGAGCCAGUGAGAGUAGGAGAGAUUGUUGUUUUCAAAGUUGAGGGUAGAGACAUACCCAUUGUGCAUCGAGUACUUAAACUCCAUGAGAAGGGUGACCAAAAUAAUACGGUCAAGUUCCUUACGAAAGGUGACAACAAUUCUGUAGAUGAUCGAGGUCUGUAUGCCCCUGGUCAGCUUUGGUUGACACACAAAGACGUGGUCGGCCGAGCGAGAGGCUUCCUACCAUAUGUUGGCAUGGUCACCAUAUACAUGAAUGAAUAUCCUAAGUUUAAAUAUGCAGUAUUAGCAUGUCUUGGGCUGUAUGUUUUGGUACAUAGAGAAUAAAGUUGCUUGAUAAUUGAAU